AUGUAUGGGUCACGUGAUUAUAUGAUUUGUGUUUUGACAACAAUGGCGACCAAAUCAAACACAACAGCAGUGAUGGACACGAGAUCCGAAUUGGCAGAACUGGUCAAACGUCGCGCCGAAAUUGCCGAAAUGUUGUGUAAUCUGGAGCGACAAAUAUACGCCUUCGAGGGCUCCUAUCUGGAGGACACACAUCUGUACGGAAAUAUCAUCAGAGGUUGGGACAGGUAUCUCAUGAGUAAUAGAAAUACAAAUAGCAAAUCUGACAAAAGAAACCGUAAAUUCAAAGAAGCCGACCGUCUAUUUUCCAAGUCUUCCAUUACUUCAAUGCAGGCUGUGGUAGGUUUGCAGACAGACAAAGAAGCAGCCGAACAAAGUUCGGAAUCUGAGUCUCACAAUCCGAACAGUCCCGAUGAUGCUCCUGGUGAUGGCGCACUUUCUGCUGAUGAAGACGUCACUCCAUCCAAGAUAACCAAAUCAUCGCAAAACCGCUCAAAGAAAGCCACUUCCAAGAGGUCCAGACAUAAAGCCAGUGAUGACUAAAUGUGAUGAAUGCAACCACAGGAAUAAGUUUACUUUCAAUGACACCACUUGAGAGUUGUCACUGAACUCAAGCAAUCUUUGCCAUUUGAAAGCAUCGAUUUGAAGACAACUUAUUAAAAAAAAGCAAACGUCUAAACAUAAACUUAAUUUUAUGAUUAAUGAUUGUAAUAAAUUGCCACUAUUUUUA